UUUCAAUUAUAAAAUAUAGUAAGAUACAUAAAAUUUAGAUACUAAUAAACAAUCAAUUUAGUAGAAAAAUUUAAAAAGAGCAGUAGUUAAAAAAGACACACUUCAGAUAUUUAGUUUUUGUUUAAAGGCACUUUCUUUUCAGUAUAAAAAUGAUUAAUAUUAGAUUUGAAGCUAAGGUUCAUACCAGUUUUGGAUAAAAAGUCUUAUUAGUUGGUAAUCAUCCUCAGCUAGGUGAUUGGUAACCUGCAAAUGGUCUUUAGUUAUCUACGUAUGAAGGACUGUAUCCGAUUUGGCGUAGUGAGCAACAGUUGCGUAUUCCAGAAGGAUUUGAUUUGGAAUUUAAGAUAAUUGUAAUAAACAAUAACUAGUAACUAGAUCAUUGGGAAAAUCUGCCUCAGAACCGUACCUAUACACCUAGCCUAUGCAAAGAGUCUGUAUUGCUAAGAAUGCACGAGUCUUCAUUAUGGAUAGAAGAAUUUUACGAUGGUCCUGUUGAUAAAAUUCAUGAAAACAGCCUAUAAAAUUAUACUCGUAUAAUGGCUCCUAUGAAAAUACGUAGCUCUAGAAUACUCAAUCCAGUGAUUGCUAAUUAGCCUACGAAAAAACAAGAAGAAAAACAGGUGAGAAAGGCAGAAGAGAACAGUUUAAAUUCAGAAUCUAUUACAAUAGAGAGCAAUGGUAAUAAACCAAAUGAGAAAGAUGGUGAAACAAAAAAAUUAAGCCACCCUUUAAAAGAAAAUUUGCAAUAAACUGAAAAUUAAUAGGAAACAGAGUAAACAAAUACAAUUAAGUACUUCUACAAGCAGAUAGCUUCUAAAUCUGAAUCAGUUUUAGUAUCAACUCAUGUCAAAGUUUAGAGACUUAAAAAUGAGCUAAAAUAGUUAGCUAAAUCACUUCCCAUUUAAAGUAGCAAUAGCAUAUUCUUAGUUUAUGAUGAGCAAAGGCUGGAUGUAAUGAGAGCACUUAUUUUUGGUUCAGAAGAUACUCCAUAUGCUCAUGGUGCAUAUUUCUUUGAUAUAUUCAUUCCUGAUGAUUAUCCUUAGAAUCCUCCUAAGGUUUCUAUAGUUUCUACUAAAGAUAAUUCAAUUAGAUUCAAUCCUAAUUUAUAUGCAGAUGGGUUGGUGUGUAUUUCACUUCUUGGUACUUGGGAAGGAGAUUAAUCUGAAAAUUGGGACCCAACUAACUCAAAUAUUUAUCAGAUUUUAAUCAGUAUAUAAAGUCUCAUAAUGAAUGAAGAUGUUUACUUUAAUGAGCCUUAUUAUUAAGAAUGGAAAGGAAGCGAACAAGGAGAUAAGUGUAAUAGAGCUUAUAGCAAUAUAGUCAAGUAUUAUAACAUUUAGCACGCAAUAGGAGAUAUGAUUGAAAAUCCUCCAUACGAAUUUCAGUAAGUCAUAUACACACAUUUCUUGUUAAAAAGAGAAGCUAUAAAAGCAACUGCAUAGGCUUGGAUUGAAUAAGCUAAAAAGGGAGAAGAAUGCCUUUACGAUGAACUUAUCGAAGACCACAAUUAACAAAUAAGCUCUAAAUUUUCAUCAGAAAAAGACGCUUAUCUUCAUUCCUUAUAGGAAGAAGUAGAAAGAGUUAAUAAACUUCUCGACUCUUUAGAUGAAAGAUUAGUUUUAAUAUCUUCUUGACCCCCUAUUAAUAAGCAUACUACUUUUUUUUAUAAGAUAUAAACUUAUAGGAAUAAGAAUAUUCAACUUUAAAAAUACAUUAUUAUAAUUUAAUCUAAAAAAUCAAAACAAAAACAGACAGAACUUAUAAAUAUUUAUACAAUUUUAUAUGUAAAAUUUCUUAGGCAAACAAACUUUCAUAAACUCGAAAUUACUAUUUCAACAUAAAACAAAUAUUAUCUAUCAUACAUAUAAAAAUAUCAUUAAAUAAAUUCUCAUAAUUUUUGUAAAUCUGUAUACACCUGUUUAAGGAGUGAUACAAUUUUUUAUAUUUUUUCUUUUAAUUUACUUAUAAAUUAUUUUACAAUAUAUUAUUCAAACAAAAAUUGUAUGAAGAAAUGAAUUAUCAAAGAUAUGAAAUAUUAUAUUUUUUUGUGCAUAGGAUCCAUUAUUUCUUAAAAAUAUUUUGUUAAUAAGUUAAUUUGCUUUGGUUUUUG